AUGCUCGAUUGCGAUAGAGGAAGACCUUGUUGUAAAGUUUGCGAGAAGCAUAACAUUUCUCAUCUCUGCCAUUAUGAUCCUAGACUCUGGGAGAGCAAACUGGAGACACACGACGGGAAGGAAACCACGCGUAAGGAGUUGAUGACACAUACUCUCAACAGUGUCGAUACUACAUCUACAGCUUCCCCUAUAGACAGUCCGCCAAAGGUGAAUGUGAAGUAUAAGUCAUAUCUGAACAGAAUAUUGAACACAAACUUAAAAUCUAACUGUGGUCCAAUUUUGAAUACGGAUACAGCCCCUAAAUCAAAUAUGUCAUCAGCGAUUCAAGAGAUAAAGCAGAAGAUCAACCAAUUGGAGGCAUCUAUUACUCAUGAUUCUAGGAAUUUGAAUGACAUUCAACCACCUCAACCUCAUGGCAACAGAGAGUUGUAUUUGAUUAGAGAAUAUGGUGCUAAUUCGAAUGAUACCGUAGACUUUUUUAACGAUCCUCCUGCUAUGCUUAUGUGGUGCUCCCGUAUGAAUAAUCACGGUCCGCUCUCAUGGAUUGCUCUCGUGAUGAAAGACCCAUUUCUUAUGCCUAUUCAUCGUAAAGUGGUUGGUAGAAGAAAGAAGAACUCACUCUCUGUUCCUGAAUACAUUAAAGCUAAGAUAGUUCCAGAAACAGUUAAAGAUGCCGAAUUUAGUCGGCAGAUCAUGGAUGACGCUGGUAUGUCUGAGAUGGGACCCAUGAAUUUGGCUGGAUUGAAGGAUUCUAUCCUGGCGGGUACAAACAAGACAUUAGAAGCGCAGAUAUUGAAAGUUUUGCCACCGACAAAGGCAAUAUGGAUGCUCGUGGAUAGAUUCUUCUUAUAUGUCUACCCAUUUUUCCCAUAUUUAGAUAAGAAGGAAUUCAUUUCACAGGUUGAACAGAUCACAGGCUCUAGAACUUCGAAGGCAGAGUUGGCCAAAGGUCUUCAUUUUCGAAAGAAGCUUGAUAUUGCUACAAUUGGCACGCUUUUAAUAGUACUGAGGAUGGCAUACAUGACCCUUGCAAACAACCACGAGAAGGCGACGGAUUUUCCCAAACCCUCGGCGGAUGAAGCCUAUCUCUUACAGUACCUGGUCGGGUCUGAAACCAUCAAAGUGGCGCAAUUUUGCUUGAAUCAGUUCCAUCUUUUACGCCGAUGUGCAUUGAACGUUUUCCAGUGUGCUGCAUUGAUGAGAGACUAUCAAAGAAUUGAUGGCUCCGAUGGAUUUGGUGAUGCAGAACAGCAGAUUUAUUUGGGUACUUUGAUACAGAUAGCUGUUUCAAUCGGCUUGAAUCGAGACCCCAGUAAAUUUGAUCCUGCCGUGAGCUCCAGCAGACUAGGAAAUCUUUGGAGGAAGAUUUGGUACGUUUUAAUAUGUCACGAUAUCGAGGACUCGGCAAUCUUUGGCACUCCAAUAAUGUCUCGUCCUGACUUCUUUGAUACCAGGCCUCCUAGUUUCUCUCAAGCGACAUCAAACACCGAUAACCUGGACGUUGAACGUGAAACUGUUGAAGGUAUUAUUUCAGGUAACGAAUUGUGCAAAGUUUUGGGCGAUGUUGUGAAUUCUGUGUUGGAUAUUCGUAAUCCUCCUGGUAUGGGAGACUUACUCUUACGGUUGGAUAGACUAGAGACAUAUACCAAGCAGCACUGGGGGUCACUUUUGCAGAUUUUAACGUUGAACGACGGCAUUCAUGCACACAAUUUGAGAAAGAUGAAUGCCAUCAUCUCGUAUAUCACGGUGCAAUCGACGCUACACCCCGUAUACUACCAUAUUUUUCUCCUCUAUGAAAAAAAGCACAACACAGAGGCUUGCUUCAAGUUUGCAGAGAAGAUUUUGAAGAUCGUAAUAGAGAUCGUUUCACACUUUGUUGAAAUGAUUCGUUACAGUUAUCGGUACGUUGGCAAGGGAUUUGACUACCUCUUAUCACCGCCUUUAGAGACGGCUAUUCAGAAAUGCCUUCAAAUACAGAUUUCUUUAUAUAUGAGAUCUAUGACCAUCAGAAAGUCCAUCGGAAAGGGCUCGAUAACUUCAGAAAUCGCAACAGACAUAGAUGCCUUUAUGUCAAGACUGAUGAGCCAAAACUUUGGUGAAAAAUAUUUGCAAGGACUUAUGCCUGUUUCAGGUCGCUCCUUUUAUGCGUGGAGAAUGAUGAAAGCUACCUCUUUCAUUUUCAAGCUUUUACAGAAGGAUAAGUUUUCGUAUCCCCCUGAUCAGUACAACUUUCUAGCGGAAUUAAAACCGGACAAGAUACGCUAUCUAUGGAGACUUACAGAAACUGAUAGGUAUACGACGAAACAGAAACAGCUUUGGAGGUGCGAAAACGUAAGAAAGAGUAGCGAGGAGAUGUCAGAUACCUUUACUCCAGCACCAGAGACGACAUCCAGUACGACUACAUCGCAUUCUUCACUACCAGCAACGGUUCCCCUGGCGACUUCGACCUCUUUAGAGAUGUCAUUGGAGGAUAUUGACAAGUUUUGGGCGGAAAUGCUUAGACAACAAAAAAUUCCUAUUGCUGGUGUGUCCGGUAACAAUCGGAAUUCAACAUCCAAUAUCAUUGACCCGGCAAUACCUGCAGAGUAUCGCGAUGGCUUGACUACAGAUUCGAUAGACAUGCAGUUUCUUGGAGACUUAGGCCUAGGGGAUACGUACGAAGUAAGCAGUGCUACCGGCAGCAGUCAUAGUGGUGUCAACAAUGACAGUCCAGGACUGGUUCUCAGUGAUUCUUUUGGUGAUCGUGAUUUCAUCAUGGGGAAGAACAAUUGGUAA